AUGGAGAGCGCUAACGCCCCUUCCCCACUACUGCUACUUGCUCCAGAAUUGAUAUUAGCCAUUGGAGACGAGUUGAAUCUCGCCGCCGCCAAACAACUGCGUUUAGCAUGCAAAUCCCUCGCCGACGUCCUGGGCCAUACUGUUCUUCGCAGUCUUACGCUCAACGUAUCAAGACCCACACUCGAACGGGAUAUCUCGACUCUUGAAGGAUUGGCGUCUUCUGCCAAAGCACAUUCUGCGUGUCACGCCACCAAGGAGCUUCGCAUUCGGUCUUUGUCCCCCACGUACGAUCCAGCUUUUCAACAGCCUGUGUGGAGACAUGAGGGGGGGAAAUGGGUGGAAAUUCAGCCCACAUACGACCCCGCUGUAAAGGCCACCGCGGAGAAAACCCUGCAGCGUUGUUUGUUUGAUGCGAUCGCGUCGCUGAAGGAACUUCGACGUGUUGAGUGGACCCCAUUCCCCCAAGACAACGAGCGGACGCAUCGGAUCGUCAUCAAUGCUCUGCAGUCACUGCCCAGCCUAUCCCAGAUAUGGGUUUCCGUACCGCAUUUGCGUGUCCCAAUGGGGCUCACCCUUGCACUGUCCUCCAUGCCUCACCUGCGCGAAAUCUCCACUGAGGGUUCAGCAAUCGAGGACGUCCAUGAGAGUUUGGCAUUAGCGCUCGCGAAGAACCAAUCCAUUACAUCGAUCAGCAUUUCGGACACCUGGCGAUAUGGCAGGGCGCAACCGCGGGUGGCCAGGAGCUUCCAUCAAUUGUUCAAAUAUUAUCCCGCGGACGCACCCCCUCUCAGGCUUCGGGAUCUUGGACUUUCCAUGUGUUUAGUGAAGUUCGACGCCGACGUAUUGUGUCAUCUGAAGCAUCUUACAUCGUUGCGCCUCACUGAUAUCGAAGAUCCCUAUGCCAUUCCCCCAACACCCCACCUUCAAGGAAACCCUGUGACCCCUGUUGAGGAUGAAGAUUUGUUUGCGGUGAUGCAGCAACGAUUAAAGGUUGGCUCCGCCAUUGACGAGAUCUGGAGAGCUCUGCGAAAUGCAGAUAUACGUCUGGAGUCAAUUGUGGUCGACAGGGUCCCUUUAACUCUCUUGCAAUAUCUACAGUCGUACUCUGGCUUAAAAAAGUUAACUUUAACUCCUGGCGGGUACGAGGAGGGUGCUAUGUCGAUGUCCGAUGUUGUCGCCGCACAAUUUUUCGGCGAGCCUGGUGUUACCGAAGAUGAAGAAGCAAGUCCUGGUCCUUUGAGUGGGCACGUACAAACCCUGGAAGAUCUCCAUAUCGCGGCGAUGCAUGAAGGCGGCUGGUGCUUCGGCGCACAUAACGUGAAAACGAUUGCGAAAUGCGGGAAACUAAGGAAGUUGAGGAUUGCUGUGAUCUCUGCAGAUCUCACUCGUGGACCUGGAUUUAUUCAAGAACCCGAGCCACGUUCGUCCGUCGAAGAUUCCAUCAAACUUCUUCUUGACACCGUUUCGGCCAAUCUGCCCUAUCUGCAGGACGUCCACAUCGAUGGCACCUAUCCAUCUCCAUCAUCUCAAAUGCCCGAACAUAGUACGCGCACAGGAAAUCCUCUGCGCGUACACAGGAAUCGGGUAAUCAAGAAAAUGAGCAGGAGUAUCGCUGAGUACCAUGCAUCGGAACAAAUGAAACUGCCUCGUAGCGUCGUAGGUGGUUUCGAGGGUCAUAAAGUGGACUACGUUCCAAUGAUCAUGGAGGAGUCCGGGAGUAGGUCAUGGAGAUAUGUUGAGAGUUGA